UCCUCCAACCUCUAGGCUGCCUUACGCUUUCAGUCUUGUCCACUGCCUGCCAGACUGCCUCUCAUCCCCUUUGCCGUCUCCUCACUACCUCCGGGGGCUUCGCUGGCUUCACCACCUCCUCCAUCUGCGACUCCUCAUUCAGCCUCGCCUCCUUCGUGGCCAGAACUUUAGCCUCCUCUUCGUCGGCUCCACGCCUCCACGACGUCGUUCAGACUCCAGAUCCCCAGCCUCCAUCGGUGCCGUCUCCGUCGAAGUCGCAUCUGCCAGUCUCCGCCGUCUCCUCUGUCUCGUUAUGGCAACUGCAACAUACCCGCCGCCCCCACCAUAUUAUAGGCUCUACAAAGAUUACUUGGAGGACCCUAAGUCUGCUCCAGAGCCUCCUCCUCCCAUAGAAGGGACCUACAUUUGUUUUGGGGGCACCUACACUACUAGUGAUGUUUUGCCAAGCUUGGAAGAACAAGGGGUGCGCCAACUCUAUCCAAAGGGGGCUAAUGUUGAUUUCAAGAAGGAGCUGAGAUCACUGAAUGGAGAAUUGCAGCUACACAUUUUGGAGCUUGCAGAUAUUCUUAUUGAGAGACCAUCGCAGUAUGCAAGGAGAGUUGAAGAGAUUUCAACUGUAUUCAAAAACUUACAUCACCUUUUAAAUUCCUUGCGACCUCAUCAGGCAAGAGCAACAUUAAUUCAUAUUUUGGAACUUCAGAUUGAGCGUCGUAAAGAAGCAGUGGAGGACAUAAAGAAGAGAAGAGAAGAGGCACGAAGAUUACUUAACGAGUCCCUAGCAACACUUGAUGAUCAAUAGGACAUUUUUCUGCACUAAACCAAGUAUUAUGGACAUAUCUUUGUUAAAUGUGCUCUCCAAUGGCAUAUCCUCAUUUUUGCAUCCAUCAUUUUCUGGAAAUAUGAACUCAAAACCUGUAUCAAUGUAUUGCCAAAAUGCAGAGCAGACACUUAAGUUGUUGAAGCCAAUUAUCGACACAAGUGUUCAUUCUGAUAUAUCUGCUGAUGAAGAGAUUAGAAAGUUAUUUGAGGAACUUGGGUCAGUCUGUUGAUGAGUUGAGGGAGCUUUUCGAGAAUUGGCAUCCACUAUCCAGUAAAUUUUACUUUGUAAGUCCUCAUUAAAUCCCUUAAUUCACAGAUAGAGAAGAGAUAUUUAUUUUAAGGUGUGAUCUUCGGUUUUGAUUUUGGAAGGUAAUGGAGGAAAAAGCAAGGGCUUGAAGUAAUCUAUUUUACUCUCUAAGACUUUCCUAUCCUUCCAAAAUUAAAUUUUAGAACUCAUAAAAUAAGCUGAGCUUAUAUUUGCAGUGAUUGAUGAGUACUAACUGCUUUCUUGUAUAGUUUUCCUGUUAAGUAUGUGUUGAUUAUCAUUAUUUCCUCUUUCUUGAUUACUCGGUGAUGCAAGCUGAACCGUUGAUAGCUAGAGUUCAGUCUAUAGGGUUCAAUAUUUUGCAGAAGCUGAAGGCUUCACAGCAAUGUCUACCUGAUGAUUUGGGGUAUGAUAUGACAUCAAUCAUUAAGGAAGCUAUAAAUGAACAACUGGAAGGCGAAGGACCAAGUUCUGAGAUUCUAGCAAAUAUUGCCGAGAUCCUCGACUUAAGGUCUAAUCAAGAUGUUUUGAUUGAAGCUGUGGCCCUUGAAAGGUUGAAGGAGAAUGCUGAACAAACA